AUUUGAACACAUUUGUGACAUCGUGUUGUCUUUCAUUUCAGAUGUAAUAUCUUCCAUGGUUGUACAGCCAACUGAAACAAUGAACACCCAGACUGAUGUUACGAUCAUCACAGAAGUCGUUACAGCUCUGGAGGGUACCGACAAGGAUAAAUCUAUGAAGAGCUCCAGCAUGGACGCUGACACUGCUGGAAAACUCACUGAAGAAACAAUGACAAGCAAACCGGCCACAAGGAUAGAAACCAGUGCUUCUUUUAUGGAUACUAAUGAGUCACCCACGGCAACAAAUGAGUCACCCAUGGCAACCAAUGAGUUACCCACGGCAACAAAUGAGUCACCCAUGGCAACCAAUGAGUCACCCAUGGCAACCAAUGAGUUACCCACGGCAACAAAUGAGUCACCCAUGGCAACCAAUGAGUCACCCAUGGCAACCAAUGAGUUACCCACGGCAACAAAUGAGUCACCCAUGGCAACCAAUGAGUCACCCAUGGCAACCAAUGAGUUCUCCAGGGCAACCAAUGAGUCACCCAUGGCAACCAAUGAGUCACCCAUGGCAACCAAUGAGUUACCCAUGACAACCAAUGAGUCACCCAUGGCAACCAAUGAGUCCCCAAUGGAUAUAAGUUUGUCCUCUCUUGCUACCAUUGUGACCAUCGAUACGACUGACGAAACUUUCACCAUGGAAGUAACAAAAGCUGUCCCUGAAGAUGAUGCCGAGGUGACUACAGUGGAUUUGGUAAAGGAUGUUACAGAUGAAGACGGUAUCGAGCAUGUUGUCACCACAGAACCUGCCCAUGUCAUCGAAACUACCUUGGUCUAUGCACCAGCAUCAAGAGAUACGAGAAGCACUGGAGCUCCUAUGUUGCUUCAUACUACUCUCGUACCAGAGACAACUUCCUCCAUGAUGACGACAUCUGAAGUUAGCACUACCGCAGAUGUUACUACUCGUGAUACCACUACUGGUGAAAGUACUACCGAUAACGUAUACGGUGAAACUGAGACACCCGAUAAUUCAACUGCUUUGAUUGAAGACAAAACAAUAGCUUCUAUACGUGUGGCAAUAUCUAUCUACGGUGAGGAAUUCGAUGAAGCGUUAACCGAUACUUCCACAAUUGAAUUCAUGAUAGCCGCACAGAACUGGAAAGAAAGAGUGAGUCGUAUUUUCAUUUAA